AUGGGCUCAACAGACCCCUACCGUCUCGGCCGCGACGUCAUCGCCUCCACACGUCUCAAUCUCCAACACUACAUCUGGAAAGAGAGCAUCGGAUACCUCCUUCACCCAUCCAUCCGAUUCCCCGACGCCAGCAGCAACAGCGACAUUUCCAUAGCCGAUGUAGGGACCGGCACUGGAAUCUGGCUCCUCGACCUCCACCGCCAAUACCCCAACGCCACGCUCCACGGCUUCGACAUCUCCUCGGAGCAAUACCCUGCCCCGGGAUUCCUCCCAUCUAACAUCUCCCUCCGGCAUCUCAACAUUCUGGAGGAGAUCCCAGAGGAGUACGUGGAGAAAUAUGAUGUCGUGCAUGCCAGACUUCUUGUGCAAGUUGUCUUGCAAGCGGGUGGGGAUCCGAGGCCCGUGAUUAGGAAUUUGAUGAGACUUGUUAAGCCCGGUGGCUACAUCCAAUGGGAAGAACCCAACGACGACGCAGGCAACCGGCCCCUCGUGAAGAGUGAUCCUGAGACUACGGUCUCGGAGAACUCGGAGGAACUUAUGAAGAGGAUUGAUGGGAAGUUUAGGUCGAAGAUGCCUUCAUGGUCCAUCCACCUCGCAUCAACCCUAGCGGAGCAAGGACUGCGCGAUGUUCUCCGCGAUGAAUGCCAUCCGGGCACGUACACGCUUAUUCUGGACCAGAUGAAUUAUCUGGGCCUCUUUGGGGAAUUGAUCAGUAAGGUGCCUGGGGAGGAGAAGGGAGAGCUGAAUGAGUUGUUGGAGAAGGCGGCGGUGGAGGCGAGGGGGGGUGUCGCGUGGAAGGUGAGGCGGUUUGUGUUUUUGGCGAGGAAGUAG